UUAUGUAUCGAGCAUCUAUUAUUCACCAACAAUUUUCUACUCCUUCAUUAACAUCUUCACAAUCUUCAAAAAUAAUUAAAAAUAAUUCUUCUUCAAUUUCAUUAUCAGAAAUAUCCAACAACAACACCCCUAAUUAUUCUUCCCCCUCUCCAUCCUCUUUAAGUACAUCUUCCCCUUCUUUUGAGAUAAGUAUUGGAAAAAGGCAACAAUUUAUUUUUUUAUGUAAAAUACAAGAUUUUUGUAAUAAGGGAAUGAUAGAAGUUGAUAUUGAUGGUUAUGAUAAUUCAACAAAACUUCUUUUAAUUUAUAAAGAAUCUUUUGCUGGGAGUGAAUUCUUUGCUUUACAAUCUAAAUGUCCAAAUUGUAAAACACCAUUAAUUAAUGGUGUUUUGUGUAAAUCACAUAUUCGUUGUUCUAUUCAUGGUUCUGCUUACAAUAUUAGAACUGGUGUUCUGGAAGAUGGUGUUGGAUUGGACUCUAUUUGGACGUUUAAAGUCCUUAUUCACGUUAUCGGUUCUGCUCUAUUUACAGAAUCUAUUUCUUUAGAAAAAUUAACGUCAACACGAACAGUUUCCCCUUUAAAUUAUUGCCGAAUUUCUUCACAAACAGCAUCUAACCCAAUUAUUGUUGUUGGAGGUGGAAUAGCUGGAAUUACUUGUAUUGAAACACUUAGACAUUUGGGAUAUUCUGGACAUAUUUUAAUGAUUUCAAGAGAAAAUGAUUUACCUUAUGAUCGAAAAUCACUUUCAAAAAGAUUAUUUAAUGAUGAUAAUUCACCUUCUUUUACCCUUCGUUCACGUGAUUUUCUAGAGAAACGUUUGGGUGUCCAUUUAUUGCUUGGCCAUAGUGUUCGAAAUGUUAGACCAGAAGAAAAACGUAUUUUUGUGGAAUAUAAACAAAAGAAUGGCGGUGGAGGGGAACCAACACUAGUUAGGGCUUUGGAAUAUGAGAGUGAGGUUUACACGUAUUGGGCCACCCAGUAA